UGGCUUGAUCUUUACUUUUCCCUCCUGCUAUUUCGUUAGGGAAUUUCCGACUUACAUUUCUGUGUGUGCAUAUACACUGUUCCUAACAAUUUUUGUGAUAUUCAAGGGGUGUGCUAAUAUUAUUUACUAACGCAUACAAAGACAAUACAGAUAGGUUUAGAAGGAUUACGUGUAUAUAGUCAUAGAUUAUCCAUCUCUGAUAGAGUACGUUUGAUUGUUAUGUAAGACUCACAAGUCCAGAAAGCUUAAUGGAUAUAUCGUUCGAACGACAGCGGGUGAUGAAAUUUUCUCGAUGCUGCUUGACUUGACGACAAUCACGACGACUUUCUCUAUAGCUCGAUACGCACUAAUACACUCUUGUAAACGACACGUUAAUUAUUGCUGCGUCUCGAGGGAUGUCAGCAAUGCCCAAGCACCUUGCACGGCCACCUUGCAGCAAUCACAUGAGCAUUAAGAUCUCUCUCUCUCUCUCUCUCUCUCUCUCUCUCUCUCUCUCUCUCUCUCUCUCUCUCUAAUUCUCUUUUUUUCUUCUAUUUUUCUCUCUAAUCACUGCCUGUACACAAGAACAUCGUGAAAUCACCAAAAGAACAAAAGAACAAGGCAAAAGCUGUGUGUGUGCGCUCACGGGUCGUUCUCCGUUGCAAUGUUCUUGGGUUUUGUCGAUUUCAGGGAAGCAGGCGAGACCUUCGGCGGAUUGUCGGGGAUGCUGCGCCAGAUCCUCUCGCCCUCGCCCGAGACCGGGGAGCCCGGUGUCGGCAUGUCCUCCGUCAAUUGUAAUCUUCUACAGACCAACUCCAUAUACACGAACCAAUCGUCGAUGCUAUCGUCGACAUUACUCAACACCAUCCCCCCGCACUUUCAGUCCAUAUGCCCGGAGCAGUCACUACUGCUCGACCAGAUACAAAUUCUCGCGGAGUCCUACCCGUGUCCCACCUGCGGCCUGGAGUUCCGCAGCGUCCUUAAGCUAAACUAUCACAUGCGUACGAGCCAUCCGGUGCGUCUGGAGUACGAACAACACAACAUCGAGAACCAGCCGCGAUACUCGUGCGCCGUUUGCUCGCGUAGCUUCGUCUCUCUGAGCCAUUUCAAGCUGCACGAGCUCACGCACAGCGCCGCGUCCGUGACCUCGUGCUCUAGUGGUGGUGGUGGUGGUGGUGGUGGUGGUAACAUGGACAAAUUGUUCUCCUGCGAUCUCUGCCGGGCGACCUUCCGCUAUCGCACGCUGCUGGAGCGCCACCGGCGGAUGCACGACGUCGAUCCGGAAAAACUCUACUCCUGCCCCAGGUGCCUGAUGCGCUUCGAGACGCGCAAUCUGUACAAUCACCACGCGAAAACCCACCGGCCGAUCACGACGAUCGUCGGCACCGACAACAAUCGGAUGGUGGUCGGCGGCCCGAACACGUUGGUGCCGCCGUCCGUCGUCGAUCCGGUUGUCACCACCGCCAACCUCGGCGGCGGCCCCAUCAUGCCCGCCAAGUCCAUGACCUCUUAUCCCUGCGAUUCGUGCUCCAAGCAGUUCACCACCGCUGAGUCAUUGACUACGCAUAAGUUGGUGCACAGACCCAGACCGCUGGUGUGCAACGUCUGCGGCAAGGGCUUCACUCAUCGCAAGUAUUACGUGGUGCAUCAGCGCAUCCACACCGGCGAGAGGCCAUACCUCUGUGCCAUGUGCGGCAAGUCGUUCACCCAGGCGUCGACGCUCACCGUGCACCGCCGGUACCAUACGGGCGAGCGUCCGUACACGUGUACGUUUUGCGGGAAGGGAUUCGUCACGCGAACGAUCAUGCUUAAUCACAUGAAGAAGCAUUGAGGCAACCUCGAUCGAUCGGCGGGGUACAGAAAAGUUUUCGUCGCUCGCGAUUAGAACUCGCGACGGUCAUUCGGGGAGAGAUAUUGGGAUGAUUCAGUUUCGGAUUAUGUGUCGAAUUUUUUAUUCGCGUUCACCGGGAGGAACGAUAUCGGGAAACUUGAUUGAUCUUAAUUUAAUCGAAGUAUGUCCGACGUGAAAGAUCUUUCGUACAAUGGUUUUUAACGAGCGAGUCAGUAUCGCUGGUUUAAACGCGUUUUCGUGAAACAUUCCGUUACCUUCUAUUCGGAAGUGAUCGUUUUCAUAAGGAUGUCAUAUGAAUUGUAGAGUACAUUGAUGUAUCGAAGUGCCUAAAAUUAUUCGAAUUAACUAACGCGGUAUAGUAAUAAAUAAUAAAUAUCGGUACGAUAUAUAAACGAGCAAAUUAAAGCUUGUAAGUUAAUUUUUUUAUGAAGAUAUUUCACGUGAUAAUAUCUAAACAUCGUAUAGUUUCAGAUAAAGUAUAUUUAACGAUUGGAUAUUUUUAACGGUAGAGAAUCAGAGUCACGACAAAAAUAAGCUAAUAAUCCUACUCUAUAAUCAUAAAUGUCGUCUCAUCACUGUGAUAUUGUUUGUACAUUAUACAAGAUAUUUAGACGGUAAUGUUAAUAUUAUUAUACGCAUGACGGAGCUUUCGAUUGUUCCGGAUGAAAGCUAAUUUAGCGUAAUUCAGUUUUUAACAAAAGAAAUUAGUACCUGUGUAAAACGAUUACGUAAAAAAAGUGCCUAAACACCGCAAAUUAUCUAAAUUUUUUUAUUUAUUUUGAGCAGAUUUGAAAUGAAAAUAUUCAACGUAUAAUAAUAUAUA